GCAGGUACUGAGUGGGUGACUCUUGUUCUUUCAGGGGGCGGUGACCUUCGAGGAGCUGGCUGUGUACUUCACGGAGGGGGAAUGGGCUCUGCUAGACCCUGCUCAGAGAGCCCUCUACAGGGAGGUCAUGCAGGAGAACUAUGCCACUGUGGCCUCACUGGGGUUUCCAGAUUCCAAACCUGAUGUGAUCUCCCGGCUGGAACAAGGGGAAGAGCCAUGGGUCCCAGAUCUCCAGGGCUCUGAGGAAAGAGAGCUCCAGACAGGUAAUUGGAUGGUGAGUGAGAACGAGGAGCAGAAUCCACAGCAGGUUGAUGCUGAGCAACUGGAACCACAUGGGACAUUAGCAGGAAGAUGCAAAGAGAAAGUUUCUGGGAGCUGUGGAGAGGUUAAAGCCUGUGAGAGUCAGCAUAGGCCAGAGAAAAGCUUUAGUAGCUGCUCAGACCUUAUUAGACAUGAAAGAAUCAACACGGGAGAGAGACCCUACUCAUGCUGCUAUUGUGAGAAAAGCUUCAACCACAGCUCAAACCUCAGCAGACAUCGGAGAGUCCACACAGGAGAGCGACCGUACACAUGCGCCGAGUGUGAGAAAAGCUUCAAUCGGCGCUCACACCUUAUCACACAUCAGAGAAUCCACACAGGCGAGCGAUCCUUCACAUGCCCUGAGUGCGGGAGAAGCUUUAGACAGGACUCAGCUUUUAUGAGACAUAAGAGAACCCACACAGGCAAUGGGAUGGUGAGUGAAAACAAGACCACCUCCUGCCAGAAAGAUGCUGAGCAAGUUGAACCACAUGGGACAUUAGCAGGAAGAUCCAAAGGGAAAAUUUCUUGGAGUUUUGCAGAGGCUAAAGCCUGUGAGAGUCCACAUAGGCCAGAGAAAACCUUCAGUGGUGGCUCAGACUUUAUUAGACAUGAUAGAAUCAACAUGGGAUUGAGACCGUACAUGUGCUCUGAGUGUGGGAAACACUUCACUCGGCGCUCAGACCUUAUCACACAUCAGAGAAUCCACACAGGAGAGCGACCUUACACGUGCUCUGAGUGUGGGAAAAGCUUCAAUCGAAGCUCAAACCUUAUCAUACAUGAGAGAAUCCACACUGGAGAGCGACCCUACAAGUGUUUUGAGUGCGGGAAGAGCUUCAGUGAGAGCUCACACCUUAUCAGACAUCAGAGAAUUCACACAGGCGAGCGCCCCUACAAGUGUUCUGAGUGCGGAAAAAGCUUCAGUGUGACUUCACACCUCAUCAGACAUCAGCAAAUCCACACAGGAGGGGGAUCCUUGACAUGCUCUGACUGCGGGAAAAGUUACAAAGACAGCUCAUACUUCAUCAGACACCGGAGAGUCCACACGGGAGAGACAUCCUACAAGUGCUCUGAGUGCGGGAAAAGCUUCAUCAAGCGCUCACACCUUAUCACACAUCAGAGAAUCCACACUGGAGCGGGAUCCUUCACAUGCCCUGAGUGCGGGAAAAGCUUCAAAGUCAGUGCAUACCUCAUCAGACAUCGGAGAAUCCAUACUGGAGAGAGACCCUACAGAUGCCUUGAGUGUGGGAAAAGCUUUCGUUGGAGCUCAAGUUUUAUCCGACAUAAGAGAAUCCACACAGGUGAUGGGAUGGUGAGUGAGAACAAGAAGAAGACUCCCAAGAAGGAAAAUACUGAGGAAGUAGAGCCACAUGGGAUGUUAGCAAAAAGAUCCAAAGAGAAAGUUUCUUUGAGUCGUGCAGAGGCAAAAACCUGUGAGAGUCAGCGUAGGCCUGAUAAAAGCUUCAGCAGCUGCUCAGACCUUAUUAGCCAUGAAAAAAUCAACACGGGAGAGAAACCUUAUACGUGCGCUGAGUGCGGGAAAAGCUUCAAUCAGCGCUCAAGCCUUAUCACACAUCAGAGAAUCCAUACAGGAGAGCGACCCUACUCAUGCUCUGAGUGUGGGAAAAGCUUCAAUGUGAGCUCACACCUUACCAGACAUCGGAGAGUCCACACUGGAGAGAGCCCCUACACAUGCUUUGAGUGUGGGAAAAGCUUUCGUUGGAGCUCAGCCUUUAUCAUACAUAAGAGAAUCCACACAGGAGAGCGACCCUACACAUGCUCUGACUGUGGGAAAAGCCUCAGUGGAAGAUUACAGCUCAUUACACACCAGAGAAUUCACACAGGAGAGCGACCCUACACAUGUUCUGAGUGUGGGAAAAGCUUCAGUGUGAGCUCAACCCUCAUCACACAUCAGAGAGUCCAUACAGGAGAGAGAUCCUUCACAUGCCCUGAGUGCGGGAAAAGCUUCAAACACAGAUCAAAUCUGACAGCACAUCAGAGAGUCCACACUGGAGAGAGACCCUACACAUGCUUUGAGUGCCGUAAAAGUUUUAGCCAGAGUUCACACCUUAUAUCACAUCAGAGGAUCCACACAGGAGAACGACCCUACUCAUGCUCUGAAUGUGGGAAAAGAUUUAGUGAGAGGAAAACCCUCAUCACACACCAGAGAAUCCACACAGUAAAGAGAUCCUUCACAUGCCCAGAGUGCAGCAAAAGUUUUAGACAGAGGUCAGCUUUUAUCAGACAUAAGAGAAUCCACACAGGCCAGUAAUGCCAUAAACCUCUUGACUAGAGCUGGCCAAAGAUUUUUUUGUAAAAUAAUUCCCAAGUAAUUUGCACCAUUUUCUUCAGUGUGGUGUCUCAGCUCCACGUGAGUUGCCUGCCUCUGUCUUUUGCCCCUUCUUCUUUGGGAUGAAUCCCAUCAUCCUUUAUCAACUCCUCUGUCUGCUAUCACCUGGGACUAUAUCCCCCUCCUGCCAGAAAUAUUCAUCAGCACCAGUUGGGGGACAUGGGUUUGACCUUGACUAGCUACACUGUGGUAAAAACUACCUGUGCCUUGUCUCCACUGGGAUUGCACAUGGAUGUAGCUGCUCAGGUUAGUGAUCUUGUAACAACACAACUACAUUUGCAGUGCUGACAUAACCUCGGUACAGUGGCUGGGGUUGUCUUUCUCCUUGAUGAACUCACCUGCAUCAUUUUUCCUACUCUAGACAAACCCCAAGGAUCAAGUUGAUACCAUUCCCCCAUUACAAAGUGAUUCUUAGCCCCUUGGGGACAGAUUGUCUCAAUCCCAGUUAUUCUCACCUUGCUCAGGGUUGUGCUGGACAAAAGUAUUUUUCUACCAUUUUCCUCAAUUAAUAUAGAUUGAAAUAGAACAAAUAGCAGGGGUAGGAAAAAUGUGUCAUUUCAGCCUCUGUGACACCUGAAGGAUCAAAGGAGUCCCUCUUUCCCCAUCACUGUCACAGUCCCCCCUCACUCCAGCAGCGUUAGCUUCUGUGUAAGCCACAAUAGUGUUUAUCCUCCCCACGUUCUACCCCUGCACCUCCCAAUGUGUCACGUGAUGCCAUGUUCUGCAUGCUCCCUGUGCUUAGGUAUCACACUUUGAUCUUAAAUCAGAGUCAUUGGGGCUAGAUGUGAAAUUGUCAAGACCUGGAUGGGGAAUUUGAAUGGAUCCCAAACACAGAGUAGUCAUUCUGUGCUUUCAUCUCUGCUUCCAUCUCUUGGCAAAGCUGCUUCUGGGCUUUUUCCUGCUGAGCUGGGAUUAUUUGCAGAUGGAAAGAUUGGCUGCUUCCCCUCCCCCAGUGUGAUGAAGCUAAAUCUUUUGUACAUAACAUGACUCAAUAAUAAUGAGAUGACACUGAGUGAAGAGAGUUUGGGAAAAUCUAUUUUGAGUUUGAGUUAUCAGGAAUUUCAGGAGUGCUCUGGAAUUUCAUUUUAUAUAAAACUGAAAGCGUCUUCUACCCCCUCUGUGUUGUGGGUUUUUCUCUCUGUCCUGAAGGUAGUUUGGUCUCAUAAUUGGAUAUUACUUUUGUUUGACAGAAUGUACCUCGGAAUUAUUGGGGACUUUGAAACAAAUGACCUUUUGCUAAAGCGAUAAUAUCUUAUUUUCUAUGGGUCUUUUUCCCACUCUUCCAUCAUGAUAUGGAGGAAGUUCAAGUGUAGUUCAGCCAGCAGGAAAGAAUACUCCAAGCUAUUUGGCGUGCUACCUAGGAACAGGUAGCAUUUUAACAUUUCUAUUCUGAAACAGUAAACAACGGCGUACCACAAAUUGUAGAACCAAUUGAAGUAACUGGACACGAUCACAUUUGUUGUGGGUGAAAUAUAAAUUUAAAAAAAGAUCUGUCCAAUAACUAGGCUUAAUCAAUUUAUUAGUGAGGUUUUUAUUACAAAGAUUAAUACAGCAUAAUACAGAAAGGAAGAAUGCCUACAUUCCUGUGGAAGACAGGAGUUGGGAGUGUGUCCUUCUCCUGCCAGAAAUAUCCAUCAGCACCACGUACGGGAGAUAGUCAAAGUCAACACUAGCUACAUUGAGGUAAAAACGGCCUGUGCCUUGUCUCCACUGGGAUUGUACAUGGAAGUAGGUGCUCAGCAAUCUUGUUGUAACAACAUGACUACAUUUGCAGUGCAGAUAUAACCUGGGUACAGUGGCUGGGGUUAGCUUUCCCCUUGGCCUGAGCUCACCUCCCUCAUUUUUCCUACCCUAGACAAACCCCAAGCAUCACGUUGAUACCAUUUCCCCCAUUACAAAGUGAUUGUUGGUCAUUGAGUUCCCGUUUGGGGACAGAUUGUCUCAAUCCAAGUUGUUCUCACCUGGUUCUGGGUUGUGCUGGACAGAAAUAUUUUUUCUACCAUUUUCCUCAUGUAUAAUAGAGUGAAAUAGAACAAAGAGCAGGAGUGGGGUAGGAAAACUGUGUCAUUUAAGCCUUGGGUGACACCCAAAGGAGAUGGGGUGAAUCAAAGGGAUUGCCUCCUUCCCCAUCACUGUCACAAUCCCCCCUUGCCCAAGCAGCAUUAGCUUCUGUGUAAGCUACAAUAACAUUUAUCCUCCCCAUGUUCUACCCUGCACCUCCCAAAGUGUCACAUGAUGCCGUGUUCUGCAUGCUCCCUGUGCUUAGGUAUCACACUUUGAUCCUAAAUCAAAGUCACUGGGACUAGAUGUGAAAGUGUCACAGACCUGGAGGGGGAAUUUGAAUGGAUUCCAAACACAGAGUAGUCAUUCUGCGCUUUCAUCUCUGCUUCCAUCUCUUGGCAAAGCUGCUUCUGGGCUUUUUCCUGCUGAGCUGGGAUUGUUGCAGAUGGGAAGGUUGGCUGCUUUUUCGCCUUGUGAUGAAGCUAAAUCUUUAGUUGUGCUACAUUGAUGAGAUUUUCAUCAUAUGGAUCCAUGGGAAGGAGGACCUUGAAGAAUUCCACCUGGAUUUCAACAAUUUCCACCCCACCAUCAACCUCAGCCUGGACCAAUCCACACAAGAGAUCCAUUUCCUGGACACUACAGUGCAAAUAAGUGAUGGUCACAUGAACAACACCCUAUACCAGAAACCUACUAACCGCUUUUCUUACCAACAUGCCUUUCAGCUUCCAUCCAGAACACAUCACACGAUCCAUUGUCUACAGCCAAGCCCUAAGAUACAACCGCAUUUGCUCCAAUCCCUCAGACAGAGACAAACACCUAAAAGAUCUUUAUCAAGCAUUCUUAAAAUGACAGUAUCCAUCUGGGGAAGUGAGGAAACAGAUUGACAGAGCGAGACAGGUACCCAGAAGUUACCUACUACAGAACAGGCCCAACAAGGAAAAUAACAGAAUAUCACUGGCCAUCACAUACAGCCCCCAGCUAAAACCUCUCCAGCGCAUCAUCCACGAUCUACAAUCUAUCCUAGAAAACAAUCCCCCACUCUCACAGAUCUUGGGAGACAGGCCAGUCCUCGCUUACAGACAGCCCCCCAACCUGAAGCAAAUACUCACCAGCAACUACACAGCACAGCACAGAAACACUAACCC